AUGGCCGGGCAGCCUCCGCGCUCCGGCCGGAAGAUGCCACCGCGCGCCGCGGGGCGCGCCCGACGCCGGAAGCUGCCGCAGACCCCGACCUGGGAGAUCUCGGACUCAGACGCCGAGGGCCCCGCGGGCGAGGAGGCCGCCGCCAGGGUCCGGGACCCGGCGGAGGAGCGCAGAGCGGCGGCCGAGGUGCUGCAGCGGCUGCGGCCCGAGCAAGCCGUGCGGCGCCUGGCGGUGCUCGUGGACCCAGCCAUUCUGGAAGAUGCCGGUGCCGACAUCCUGACGGAGGCUCUGGACGCCCUGGGCUGUGAGUACCGCGUGGAGCCCGAGCGCCCUGCCUGAAGCCUCAGGUGGAGCAGAGUGAAGCCAGACCCUUGCCCCCUCAGUGUGCCUCCUGAGGUGUGGGCUGCGAAUGAGCAGGACCGGCUGCUGCUGCUGGAGCCUGAGGAGUUUCUGCAGGGUUUUGUUCAGCUGACCCAGACAUGUGGCCCAACCUGUUCUGUGCCCUGGAUCACUCCUGAGAGCCCUGUCUGCCUUCACCUGGCUGUCAUUGGGCUGGAUGUUUAUCUGUGGUCUUACCAGUCCAGCACCCAGGAGACAUGGCAGCCAGAGCGUCCAGCGGUGGCUCGUGCCAAGGUGGCAGUUGGCUGGCCCGAGGUGGAGGAGGCCCUGGUGCUCUUGCAGCUCUGGGCAAACGUGGAUGUGCUGUUCGUGGCCUCCUGGCAGGAGCUGAGUUAGCAUGUGUGUGGCUUCACCAAGGCCCUCACCCAGCGUCCCUUCUAGCAGUCCCGGGAAUCUGGGGCCUUUUCCUUCUGCACCACCGGGCGCUGGGCAGCAGCCAAGAAGGUGGCAAGAGAUGGCACCAGCCUGCGGGGGGCCUGGUGGCAGCAUAUCAGGCAGUUCAACUGUGUCAGCCCAGCUGUGGCCAAUGCUGUUGUCGCCGCCUUCCCCUCCUCCUGCCUUCUGCAACAGGUGUAUGUGGCCUGUGGCAUGGAGCAGGAGCGCCUAGCCCUCCUGGCUGACCUCCCUGUGAAGAUGGGCAAGGGUGUGCGGCCCCGCAGGGUGGGACCUGACCUCUCCCACCGCAUCUGCCUCUUCCUGACGACCACCAACCCCGACCUCCUGCUGGACCUGGGCUCCUGACCACACCUGUGGUACCAGACGGGCCCUUCUCCCACCUACUGGCAGGACUGAAUGCAGCCCGCCCAGGGAACAGACUAGAAACCACGAGCGGUGGUGUGCGGGAGCAAGACACCCAGUACGACCUGCACCGGGGCUCUCAGGUAUGUAAGCAUCAGACGUAAACUCUAAGUUUAUUACGGUCGUUUUCAGCCUCAGACGAGAGGAACAGCAGCUGACAACAUGCAAA